AAUAAUAGGGUAGAAAAGAAGUAGAAGUAAAGGUUGCAGGAGGAUUACAUCAGCCCUUUGGAUGUUUCACUGUAGAGCACUUGAGGGCUGUUUUGAUCACUACAUGUGAGAAGAAGCAAUGAAUUAAAUAUUAACAUAGACAAAAAAAGGGGGGACUUAAAAAUGCAAAUAUCUCUGAAUUUUUGUUAGAAAAUAAAUAUCCUGCAUGAAUGAAAUACACAUAGAAUUUCAAAACAGUGAGAACCUCCUUGGUUCUCACUGUUGGUUCUCACUGUUGGUAGAAUGUGCAGUGCAUCAGAAUCAGUAAAAUGCGAAGAAGAGAUUAUUAGAUUAGUAAAUUUCUAUUUUAUUAAUUAAGGACAAUUUCAGCACAAAGCUGCCUCCUUAAAUACAGAUGCUAAUUGCUGCUUCAUAUGCUCUUCACACACACAAAAAAUCUAUGACUGCAGUGUGUGACCCGCCCAAAUCUAUAAUACAACUUAUUCAGUGUGUGCUUAUUUAGUGAAGUGAAACUUGAGUUUUUAAAUCUCUCCAUCAUUGCACCAAGUCAAGAAAAAAAAAAUCUAUGUUUUUAACUUUGAUGAUAACUUUGUCUGUGCAGAUUAGUAGUCAUGGUGGAGCUGGUUACAAAGCAAGAUGAGCUUCAGUUCUGUGUUGCAAAGAAUAUUCUAGAAAUAGCAUAGACUUAAGCUAAUAUGUUGUUGCACUAAUUUUUUUUCAAUUAAAGGAUGCUACAUGCAGUGUAUAUGACAGAGAGAUAGAUCUGCUUGUGUUUAAGCAGCACGUUUGGGGCUGAAUCAGCCAGGCAAGUCUUUCAACCUGGCUUUUUUUUAUUUUUAUUCUUUUUUUUAGAGAUUGAAGAUGUUCCAGGACUAAAAAAAACAAAAACAAAUGUGGAUGCGUGGCCGCCUGUUGGCAACUGAAGUGAGCUGUUAAUGUUUUCUCACUCUCACCAUAUGCUGCAGCUGACAGUAGGAUCGUCUCCGAUGUGUGUUAAUCUCUGAGGAUGUACAGUAUGGUGUGAAAUGUUGUGGGUUCAAGUGGUGAAUGUGAACAGAUUGUGAACGCCCACAUGAUUCAUCCAUCCAUCCAUCCAUCCAUCCAUCCAUCCAUCCAUCCAUCCAUCCAUCUGCAUCCUUUGGGAUGAAUCUCUUUGCCUUGUGAGAAAGAAACAAAUCUUCCAGAAAUUCUGGAGUAAAUCAGAAGUGAUGGCUGCUGCAAUUCUGGGUUCAUCUGUCUCUCCACUUGUGUCUAAAUCAGUCUCAUCACAUAAUGGGCAGAGCAGCGCUCCAGACUGAGCUCUGUUACGUUACACAUGAAUCAGGGUAAUGAUGGCAGGAAAUAUAAAGGCAACGGCUCUGCCUGUGUGUUUGUUUUUGUAUCUCAAUCUGGAGAGAAUUAAAGGAAAGGCUGAUGAACAAUUUCAAAUAAAAACCCUAACUCUGUUGAACCACCUCAAAUAUAAUCAGAGAUUCAUGGGUGCAGAACCGUGCAAGAGUUUGAAACGGGUAUAAUAUGGAAAGCCUGAAGUGUGAAGCUUCAGACGACGCCUGUCACAGGUGUCAACGCUCAGGUGACAUGUUUUAAAAGAAAACGUGGCGUGACAGCACAGGGGUUUGUUUGGUGAGUAGUACCAGCAGAUUUCUCACUCCAAGAGUACAAGGAUGAAUAUGACAGUGUAUAAUUGGGAACAAUGUCAAUCAGGAGUUCACAAAGGUCAUGUUCAAUGUGCAAAUAGGAGUGUGUUGCUUCGUUAUGAGAAUCGCUCGCACACUCAUAGUGGGAGGUUUGUUGUUGUUUUGGCCUGAUGCAGGAUUUUCACCGGCUUGUUUUUUUGCAGAUGUGACAUGCCCUGACAUGCUGUCUGGCUACACUGCAACUUACUUUCAGUGUGUUUGUGUGUGUGUGAGUGCACUACCUAAACUGCUGGUGUAUGUUUAAGUUCCUGUCAUGCAGCAGGAUGAAAUUCCAACAAAGUAGUUCUGAAAAGACUCUCCUCUCUCUCCUACUGUUUGUCAUCUGUUGGUUUCUCAGCCUCCUUUUCACUUUCACCAGCUCUCUGUAAAAAAAAAGAAAAACAAAAUACACACACACACACAUUGUGUGUGUUAAAGUCAGUGACAGUAGGCAGUGGCCACGUCAGCAGUGAUUGGCUGAUUAAACAACCUCAGUGUGGUCACCUUCUGGACUAAUGAUGUGAACAUCUGUUGUCAACAAGAUCUGCUUCAUUCAUUGACUAUUAAUCAUCAUAGCAUUAAUAAAGUUGGCUUCACGCACAUAAAGUUAUACAUAAAUACAUAUACACAUAUAUAUAAAAGAGUGUGUGAGAGAGAAAGAUCAUUUUGUGCUUUCUAGGCUAACCUUUUUCUUUUAGUUUUAAAGUUGUUUUUACUGACGUAUCUUCUUUUUUUCAUCUGUUCAUCAAUUAUUUGCCACCUCACAAAGGCUAGUUUUCACUUUUAACUUGGAUAUUUCUGUCACUGAAUUCUUCUCUAGGUCUAGCAUCUCUAGCUAAAAUUUUUCAGUGAUCUACAGUAUAUCGAGCUAUUGUCUGUUUUACAGAUCUUGCUAUAAUUUAUACUUUUGUUUAUUUGUUUGUUUUUGUCCUCAUAUCAGCUAUCUAAAUCUUCUGCUUUUACUUUUUUUCCUAGGCUUCUGAAUUGUUGUCAUUAUUAUUAGUUGUUUAUGAGGUUAAAUAUUAUAAAAGAGAGAACCAUGAAAAACCUCUUUUUUAUGAGAACCUUAUCUUGAAUUUUGGGAAGGGAGAUAAAAAGAUGACGAUUAAAAAGUUUGUUGCCGAUGUUCUUUUCAGUGUGUGCAGUCACUUGAGCUGACAGAUAAUUAGGCAUCACAAAAAUCCUCCUCCCUCUCUGAUCAAAGGUUGCAGAUGGCAGCGUUGACAGUUUAUGUAUGCAUGCUUUUUCUCUGUGUGAGAGAGCGAGACUGAGAGAGACAAAGACAAAGACAGAGACAUGCACUUUCUUUGACUUUGAGCAGAGAUUCAAAGCCUAUUUAACAUCAAACCAAUCCUUUAUUCUCCAGAAUUGUUAUCCCCAAACCAUUUCACCUCAAAGGCUCUUCCUGCUGCAGGUACGAAGAUGGAUGAGGAAUCCCAAGGUGAAUGUGGACAAGGCCCAGGGAAAAGGACUGCUCUACCCCUGUCCAAAAUGUCCGCUGGCUGAGGACCUGUGGUACACACACAUCCCAUCACCUUAUGGCUGCUGUCACUACGCCAACCAGCUUGGUGGCCACUACUACCAACAGGAGCCAUGCUCGCCGUGCCCUGCCAGUGGCCAGACCAGUGGUCACGAUAAAAGCAAGGGCUGUAAGGUCAGGAAGUGGAAGAUGCUGGGACGCCAUCAUGGUGACACCUCAGGCAAACAGAAGGACGCCGAGUCAGACGUCCAUCUGGGAUGUUGUCAGUCCUGGGGGAUUCAUGCCUCACCCCUGCUGGGCAGCCCCGUCAUGCUGGAGUGCUCCAUCUGCAGUGGACCCUACAUCAGCUACGCUCUGGAGGAUAUGUGGCAGCCGCGCCAACGAACUCAGGCGAUGGACCUGUACUACCACAAUGAGUCAGACGCAGACACUUACUGCUGCCCCGGAGACAACAGUAAGUAACCACCAACAAAUCCUGUUGGUUUUUUUAUAUAUAUAUUUUUUAUUUUUCCACUUCUAUUUUUUCCUCUCUCAUUUUCCACCCAUUGUGUCUAUUUUCAACAUUACAUUUUUAGUAUUGUCAAUCACAGUUUCUCCAAUUAUGUAAUUUUUGUCCCCUCGCUGUCAAAACAAGAAGGUUAUGAAACCAGAGCCUACACCUCAGCUCACCACUGGGACCGCUGGUCCAGUCCACAAGUGGGAUAAUAGCUGUUGUCGUCAAACCGAUAUUACUAAGUGUUGUUUGGUGGAAAACAGAAAAACAGUAGUUAAAGCCACAGUGCGGUGGGUUAGACAUGACACAGUGACCUACACGGUUUAUGACAUCACUGCGGCAGUAGGUGUCCACCUCUGGGGAAGAGUUCACAAGAGUUUUACAGCCAAUAAACCUGUUAAGUUUAAGGAUUCAGAGUCCAGUCUAAGUAACAGAGUCAGUGUUCAUCAGCUGUGUUCUGGCCCAGGGCCUAUCUACUGGAUUAAUUUUACCAUGGUUCAUUUCCCUCUGCUGGGAAUCUCAUGACCUCAGCCUGCGUGUGGGUGGUAUUAGCAUAGACUGCUAAUAUGUUGAAUUAUUCUGCAUUUACUGCAUUU